AUGGCCACUGCUGAUGGAGCGCGCAAAGUUGAGAACACCGCUGGCCAAGCUUCUCUGGAUGGGCAGGGAGGAACUGAGCCAGCAUCUCAAACGAGAAGCGAACACCGUAAUAUAUACUAUCGGUUAUAUACCAAAGAAGGCCGACUCGAAUCAAACAACCCGAUCUUCUCCAACGAUCGCUUCAUCAGUCGCAUCUCGUCUAAAUCAGUGAGACCCCCUCACACAGCCGCCUCGCUGAAGAGGUACGUCUGCAAGGUUGAAGGCAUGGAAGGCUCGGAAAAGGGCGCUUUGUAUCUGUCGCUGUCAGAAAAAAAGCCUUUGAACGACUCUGCUCGUCUUGCGCUCCGAUGGAACUCUGGGCCAGGAUCAUCUGAGUUUGACCCUGUGGUUCUCGUUGUUGACAAGGGCGCCCUUGAGAAGAGACCCAAAUCUGCGAGUAAUGCAGGCUCGAAUGAAUUACCCGCAUGGGAGAUUGAAGAACGCUUUGUGUAUUACCGACUUUACGACGAUGACGGCGAAGCUGUCUCAAAGACGUCGUUUGACGAAAGCGACUCUUCUGUGGGUCGCAUCGACAUAUAUACCAUCCCAGUACCGCACACAGUCGCUUCCUUGAAAUAUUGCCUUGUUCAUGUAGAAGGGGUCUCAGGUCACGAUGUUCAGUUGCUUGAAAAUGAGGAUGCAGAGACUACCUUAAACGACGGCGAUGCCAUUGCCAUUCUCACUGAUGAUUUUCCAGGCUCAAAAGAUGAUCAGCCAAUACCACCGCAAACUGGGCCGGCGCGACGUUGAAUGACGGGUUGCACUCAAUCGUUACCGGAGAGAUCUUUCAAACAGACGGAGUUCUCACGAAUAAGUCGUUCCAGUAUGGUUCUACUUCCUAUGAAUAUCCAUGCUAUGUUGGAAUCAAUAGUUCUGGAAAGAAAGCUUUUGUUCACUCAAGUUUUGUGAGGUUAUCGUGACACUUCCUUGCAAUUCGUGUUCUUUUUUCGAUGUUUUUUGAAAUGGUUAAAAAGUUCCACAGAAAAGAGAU